CCUUAUCGCCUUUCAUUGCUCAUAUGCUCUCCGCCUGGAGCUCAUGUUGCUACCGGAUAUGUAGACGACGCCGCUUCGUCUGUUUUCACUCAUUUUAACGAACGUUAGAAGCGUAAAAAGUUUACUGGAUAUUUUGAAAGUUGUUUAAAAAAGUUCUGUAAUCGAUUUGACCAGAGGACUGUUGCUGAGGGCACAUUUCGUCGGUUAGUGGCAUGAAACGCGGCGGCUCUUCCCUCUGGUUUCACAAAGGAGCGGGGGUUUCCUUCAGGUACCUGUUGGCUAACCUUGGAGUCCGGUCACAUCACCGAGCACCGAGCGGCGGUAACACCCGUUAACGGCCGUUAAAUCCUCGGGGAAGGCGGGAGGGGGAAACCCAGCGAGUCAGCCACCAUGGCGAGCAGCGACUGCAGGAAAGAAGACUCGCUGGAGGAGAACCGCACAGACUCGGGCAUCGACUCAUACCGCUCCCUGUUGAAAUCAGAGGAGCCCCGAGAGCCGAGCGGAGACUUCGGCGGGCCGAGGGACAAGUUUUCAACCGUAGAGGAGCGCCUGGACUCGGCCUACGGCUCCUCGUCCAUCACGGUAGAGAGCCUGACGGAAAUAGUGGAGGACUGUACGCUUACAGGCACCACGGAGCAAGUAGAGACCUCUGGACUCACUGAACAGGAGGAGAACCUGCUCACAACUAUCACUGAAGAUGGAGACACAAUCCUGCACUUAGCAAUCAUCCAUGAAGAGGAAUUCAUUGCCCAACAGUUGAUACAGAUCUUCCCCAAAGACGUCCUCGACAUUCAAAACAAUUUAUACCAGAGCCCCCUACACCUGGCUACAUACCUGAACCUGUCCGAGGUAGUGAAGGGCCUGCUGGAGAAAGGGGCCAGUCUGGAGCUUCAGGACCAGGAUGGGAACACAGCACUCCAUGUAGCCUGCCAGCACGGGCAGAAAGAGUGCACCACAGAGAUGAUUAGAGAUAUUUCCCCUAGCAAGCUGGCUCCGGUGCUCGAGACGCAGAACUGGAGAGGACUCGCAUGUCUUCACCUGGCUGCAUUGAACAGACAUCAUCACAUAAUGAAACUCCUGAUGAAUAAGGGAGCGGAUUUAAACAUACAGGAAGGAACCAGCGGCAAAACAGCCCUUCAUCUUGCCGUUGAACAGCACGACAUCAAAUCAGUGAAGCUGCUGCUCAGCAGGGGAGCCAACGUGGAUGCCGCCAUGUUUAACGGCUGCACGGCCUUGCACCUUGCCGUGGGGAGACAGGACGCGGACAUUGCCACCCUUCUCUGCCAGUCUGGAGCUGACACAAUGCUGCGGAACAUGGAAGAUGAAACGGCGCUGGAUCUUGCUGACGGCAAUGAUGAUAUCCUGGCUCUCUUUCCUUUUGAUGACAUCCAGAUCUCUGGACGGUCAGUGGUUGGCGUGAAGUUUUGAGCUGAUUCAAAGGCUGGAAAACUCUUUGAGCUGGACCUUUUCAUCAUAACGAAAGAGCUUUAUUUUGGCUGAAGUUGUAAUAGUGCCUCUAUUUGUAGUACAUUCUGAUUUGAUAAAUCUAUGUGUAUUAUCAAGACAAAUGUGAGCACCAUUUAAAUCUCAUUUCUCUCUGAGAUGGAGAGAUUUUUUUUUUGCUUCACUGAACACUGUUGAAAAAAACUUCUGAAUCUUUUUUUUUUUUUUUUUUUUUUUUUUU